CCUGUCGGUCAGCAUGUUCUAGGGUUGUCUGUGGCUUCCAGAAAGUCCCAGUUGGCUGGUUAGCCGGGGCGCUCGUGAACGUGCGAGGAAAGUUCUUGUAAGACUUCGAGGAACGACAGAUGUUGCCGAAGAGCUGCAAGCUAUACAGACCGUCUGUAACGAAGAAGAAUCCUAUGAUAAGAAAAGCAAACUUUAUGAGAUGUUGACCACUUCAAGUACCAGGAAAGCUCUCUUGGUUGGCUGUAUGCUGCUAACGAUACAACAGCUGUCGGGGAUUAACUCUGUUAUGUUCUACAGUACAACUAUUAUUCAGAUGUCGGGACUACAGGGAGACCACGUGGCCUUCUGGCUGGCUGUUGCGGUCUACUUUGGUAAUUUCGCUUUCAUGUUCGUUGGAAUGUAUCUAGUAGAGAAAUUAGGACGCCGUAAGCUACUAUUAGGAAGUCUUGCGGGAGUCAUCCUUAGUUUGUUACUACUGGGUGGUACAUUUUUCAUGGCGAAGCAACACGAUGCUGCGAUCACCUUUCACGAGAAAACACCCUUUGGUGUCGACAGUAAUAAGUGUCCAGCCACCGGGUACUGCUUAGAUUGCCUCCAGGUCCGAGAAAAAUGUGGAUUUUGUUAUGCUAAAGACUCCGCUAAUAAUCCUAUCAGUG